AGCUGUACUUGGUAAGAACUGCUUCAUAUUGAUGCCUACUGGAGGGGGUAAGAGCCUCUGCUAUCAGCUACCAGCACUGCUACUGGAUGGAGUCACUAUUGUAGUCUCACCACUGAGGUCACUGAUACAGGAUCAAGUACAGAAACUGAACAGCUUAGAAAUCUCUGCUUGUCAUUUAUCUGGUGAGUAUUCACAGUCGGAGGAGCUGAGAGUUUAUACUGAACUGUCUCGACUUGACCCUGGAAUAAAACUACUCUACGUCACACCAGAGAAAUUGGCUGCUAGUACUAAAUUGCUAAAGACCCUCCAGUCUCUUUAUUCUCGUGGUAAGAUCUCACGGUUUGUUAUAGACGAGGCUCACUGCAUCAGUCAGUGGGGUCAUGACUUCAGGCCGGACUAUAAGAGGCUCUCAGAGCUACGGCAGCAGUUUCCUCAGGUACCUACAAUGGCUCUCACUGCCACUGCCACUCCGCGAGUUAGAGCUGAUAUACUCUACCAGUUGAAACUGUCUCAUACUAAAUG